CGGGGAGCCGAGCUUGCCCGAGUCGAGCUUGUGGUCGAGCAUGUCCUGGCCGAGCCUAUCCGGGUGGGGUGGGUUUGGAGGGAAGGUUCGUCUGGGUCCGGGCGAGUCGUGAGUGGUUUCAGGAGUCAUGGCCGGCGUGGCCGGCUUGGUGACGGCGCUGCUACUGCGGACAGUGAGCCGGGGAUGGGCUGUGGAAAUGUGCCGCCAGCAAAGGAGGUGUUGGGCUCCCAUUUCCCUAAGCCAACCCAAAACCUAUAGCAGUGUCUGUGUGGGUCUUUCUGAAACCGUCUCCUACCAGGAAUUAAAAAAGCUGCUGAAAUCAAACAAAAUAUUUUUGAUCGAUGUCCGAGAACCCUGGGAGCUCACGGAAUAUGGGCAAAUUCCUGGCUCUAUAAAUGUACCACUUGACCAAGUGGAACAUGCCUUGCAUUUGGAUCCCAAAAGUUUUACGGAGACAUACAAUGGGCUAAUGCCAACGACGUCGGAUAAAAUUGUAUUUUCAUGUUUGGCAGGAGUCCGGAGCAAAAAAGCUUUAGAUACUGCUUCCAUUUUAGGGUACAGUAGAGCUGUACAUUUCCCUGGUGGUUGGGAAGAAUGGGAAAAACGUGAACUUUCCAAGCAAAAAGGAUGAGCUGUUUCAAGCGCUUCUCGUGGAAAGAAUUCCCAAAGUGAAUGAAAAAAAUAAAUCUAAAAAUGGAAGAUGGUGUGACUAGUUUAAAAUAUGAUGUGAGGUAAUCAUAGUCAGCAAAAUUACAUUUAUACAUUUUUAAUAUUGAUUUUUUUCUGAUCAUAUUAACAACGAAUAUUUGAGUGUAUUAUUUGAGAUUUAUUACCUUUUGUUGAGAACUAUUAGGUUGAGAAGUAAUAAACUUAAUGAUUACCACA